CGGGGGAUGGUUAUUGUGGCGGGGACUCGGCCCGCCACCCGCAGCGACAAAGGGCGCGAGCGGCGCGGCCCGUAGCAACCGCCGCCCAACCGCCGCGCCAGCCGCCCGCACGGAUGUGAUCUUCAUGGUGUGCUGGUGGGAAAGCUGAGUUGUAAAUCACCCCAAUGGAUGCGGACAGUGAUGUUGCCUUGGACAUUUUAAUCACAAACGUAGUGUGUGUUUUUAGAACAAGAUGUCAUUUAAACUUGAGGAAGAUUGCAUUAGAGGGAGCAAAUGUGAUAUACAAGCGUGAUGUUGGGAAAGUAUUAAUGAAGCUUAGAAAACCUCGGAUUACGGCCACAAUUUGGUCCUCAGGAAAAGUUAUUUGCACAGGAGCCACAAGUGAAGAAGAAGCUAAAUUUGGUGCCAGACGAUUAGCUCGCAGUCUACAGAAACUAGGUUUUCAGGUAAUUUUCACAGAUUUUAAAGUUGUGAAUGUUUUAGCAGUGUGCAACAUGCCCUUUGAGAUCAGAUUGCCCGAAUUUACAAAGAAUAACAGACCUCAUGCGAGUUAUGAACCAGAACUUCAUCCUGCGGUUUGUUACAGAAUAAAAACACUCAGAGCUACAUUACAGAUUUUUUCAACAGGCAGUAUCACAGUUACAGAUCACGUUAGACAACUAUCAGAUGCUUCAGCCCGAGAGAAUAACCAUUUGCUGGAUUCCAGGUUUUGCCCUAAGACUGGGCCAAAUGUAAAGGCUGUUGCCAGUGCUGUGGAACAGAUUUACCCAUUCGUGUUCGAAAGCAGGAAAUAAAUUUUAUAAUUCACCACUUAAUGGUUAGGUUCCCUAACCAAGCACCUUUAAAGACUGCUGCACAUUGGACUAAAAGCAAAAAGGAAAACUGGACCAACUCUAGCCGAGGAAUACAGACUCUCUUACCRUUCAUGGCCACAGUAUAAACUCCAGUCCCUUUGGAUUUUAUUUUUAACAGUGCUGUAUUGUAAAAACGGAAGUUUACAGGAUAUGAAAUUGCUGCUUUUAAAAAGACAUUCUAUUUAUUUUUGCAGUAAUUUCUGUGUAUUCAUAAGCAAAGCUGUCACGAUGUGCACUACCUUUAAAACAUUUUUUUUUAGUUUGAGCUUGUGUUUUAUUUGUGAAUGGUCUUUUACAUUUUUUGUAUGUUGAAUAUUGGGCACCAAAGAAGCUGUAAAAGUUAUCUUUUUCACCUGAUGAAUGUGCACAAAUAAAACUUUGGAAAAUAUUUCUCUUCAUACCUGUUCUGUUAUAUUCCUUUCCCUUUUUCUAUUACAGUUAAAAUUGUAUAGCUGCAAAUUAAUUUGAAACAAUGUAAGAAUAGUCUUUUGCUGAUACCUUCUGUUUCUAUUUGUAGUAUGUGUAAAAAAUUUUGUGUGUGGGUUAGAUUGAAUUCUCUAGUAGUUAACGUAUGUUUAUCUGAGGGUGAAAUUUGGUUUGUUCCCAGUUCUCUUAACUGCCUGCCAGGUUUCAAGCAUUUCCUUGCUGUUACAUGAAGAGAAGACAUUUCUAAGUGUAAAGCCCUCCAAGUAUUUCCCUGUUGAUGGUGGGAAGCUUUUUAUCAACUGAAGAAACUACUGUAGAAAAAUCUACUGCCCCAUCCAUUACCCUACUGGAUGCAGAAGGAGAAAAAGAAGCUGCAUGUGCUUAAGGCUUCCAGAAAGUUGUUGCUGUCCUUC